AUGGGAAAAGAAACAAAAACUAAAGAUUCAUAUUUUAAUAGGAAGAAGCUUACAGAGGAUGAAGUUGUACAGGUGGAGGAGAGGAAAGAAGAUGUGGAGUACACUUGUGGAGGGCAAAUAUUCCAAGAACCCUGCCUUGUGUUUGUAGAAGUAAAGAUAACCUGUGAGUCACAUGUGUCAAGUAACUAUUACCAUAAAAGGAAAAAUUUUCACUUGGUUUGCUAUGUUUGUGGUGAUGAAAACCCAUUGGUUGUACCUCCUGAUGUAAUUGAAAGCCACUCAUCUGCUCACCCAGUAUGCAUGGUGUGUUCACAGAAAGGAUACAAACCCAGAUUAAGGAAAAAAAGUCUUUGUUGGGAAAGCGCAAAAAAUGACUUAAAUUUGAAUAUGAAAUCUUAAAUAUGAACUUUAAUUUGGGGCAGACAUGUAUAUUGAUAAACAUGAUAAAGUCACAAAAUAUGUGAUUUUCAAUAGACUUGAACUUAAUUUCAAUUCCUACAGUAUGUAGCAUUUGACAUUGUUGAGUUUUUGUUCACCGAGUAAGUGAAUUUUAA